AGGUGUUGGGCCGGGGGUGCGGGCUACUGUAUUCUCCCACUUCCCUUCGGUGGGUGCAGGGUCCUGCUCAAAACCUCCGGAACGCGUUUUGGCCUGAUUUGAGGAGGGGGGGCGGGGAGGAACCUGCUGCUUGCGGCCCCGCCCCCUUCUCCGGCUAGUCCGAGAGUGGAUAAGCCCGCCUCCUCCUUCGGCCGGCCGUGGGGCCGCGUCCCCGGGCAACUCGGCAACCGAGGCCUCGGCUUCUGACUGCAGGUAUCGGCGGCGAGACCCCAGGGUACAGCCCUGUUCGGCCCCAUGGUGGGUUUCGGGGCCAACCGGCGGGGUGGCCGCCUGCCCUCCCUCGUGCUGGUGGUGCUGCUGGUGGUGAUCGUCGUCCUCGCCUUCAACUACUGGAGCAUCUCCUCCCGCCACGUCCUGCUUCAGGAGGAGGUGGCCGAGCUGCAAGGCCAGGUUCAGCGCACUGAGGUAGCCCGCGGCCGUCUGGAGAAACGCAAUUCGGAUCUCCUGCUCUUGGUGGACACGCAUAAGAAACAGAUCGACCAGAAGGAGGCUGACUACGGCCGCCUCAGCAGCCGACUGCAGGCCAGGGAGGGCCUGGGGAAGAGAUGCGAGGAUGACAAGGUUAAACUACAGAACAACAUAUCAUAUCAGAUGGCAGACAUACAUCAUUUAAAGGAGCAACUUGCUGAGCUUCGUCAGGAGUUUCUUCGACAAGAAGACCAGCUUCAGGACUAUAGGAAGAAUAAUACUUACCUUGUGAAGAGGUUAGAAUAUGAAAGUUUUCAGUGUGGACAGCAGAUCAAGGAAUUAAGAGCACAGCAUGAAGAAAAUAUUAAAAAGUUAGCAGACCAGUUUUUGCAGGAACAAAAGCAAGAGUCCCACAAGUUUCAAUCAAACGAUGGAAAAGAAUUGGGUGUAAGCGAUCAUGUAGUACCUAAAAAUAUUCCAAAAAUAGCUGAGAAUGCUGCAAAUAACAAUGAAGAGCCCUCAAGCAAUCAUAUUCUACAUGGGAAAGAACAAAUCAAACGAGGUGGUGAUGCAGGAAUGCCUGGAAUAGAAGAGAAUGACCUAGCAAAAGUUGAUGAUCUUCCUACUGCUUUAAAGAAGCCCCCUAUGUCAAUUUCUAAUCAUGAAAGUCAUCAAGCAAUCUCCCAUCUUUCAACUGGACGACCUCUCUCCCCAAAUAUGGUUCCAGAUUCACACAUAAACCACAAUGGAAACCCUGGUACUUCAAAACAGAACCCAUCUGAUCCUCUUCAGCAUUUAAUUCCAGGCCCAAACUUGGAGAGUGAACCCAGAAUUCAAACAGAUAUACUAAAGCAUGCUACCAAGGAUAGAGUUGGUGAUUUCCAUAAAUUGAAGCAAAGCCGAUUCUUUGAUGAAAAUGAAUCCCCUGUUGAUCCGCAGCAUGGCUCUAAACUGGCGGAUUAUAAUGGGGAUGAUGGUAACGUAGGUGAGUAUGAGGCAGACAAGCAGGCUGAGCUGGCUUACAAUGAGGAAGAAGAUGGUGAUGGUGGAGAGGAAGACGUCCAAGAUGAUGAAGAACGAGAGCUUCAAAUGGAUCCUGCAGAGUAUGGAAAGCAUCGUUUCAAUGAUGUCCUUUAAGUCCUAAAGGAAUACUUCAGAAAACCUAAAGUGCUGUAAAAUGGAAUCAUUUCUACUUCAUCAUUUUUGACUUUUGUUGUAAACAUCAGUUGUAUCAGUUGAUAAACUGAGAUAGACUUAAGGAAAAACUUUGAUUGAGGAAUGUACCCAUGUAAAUAUGUGAACAUUUUCAUAUUGUAUUAUCAAAGCAGAGACUUUUUUGGUUAUGAUACAGUUGAGCCAAAAACAGUUAAUCUUUGCAUUUAAAGCAAACUAAUGUAUAUUUCACAUUUUAUUGAGCCUAAUUCUUUCCACAGACAGACAAACAGGAGAAAAUGGUUGUACAGGUUAUAUGUUACAUAUAGCAUAACCACAGUGAGAACAGUUAUUCAGCUGAAAACUUUUUAUAUACUAAUAGUUUCUUGUUAGUCCAACAGGUGUUCUGUUCUAUCUGCUCAUUCCAUGCUUUUGAAGGAGUUAUGCCUAAAAUAGUAAAAUAAAGGAAGGGAAACUGGAAGCCAAACACCAGGCAAUGUGUACAAAAUCACCUCUCUACUCCUUUUAUUUUACAUGAGUGCUGGUGUGUUUUGGUGAAUAAACUUUCAGCUGAAGCCUACGGAAGUUGAGAUAACCUGCAAAUACAUAAUAUUUAUGAGUUAUACCUAACUUAGUUCUUGAAAUUAUGGAAUGCACAAUUGACAAUAUAAUUUCAAUUUUUAGUUUUUCAAGUAAAACCAAUACUGUUUAACUAUAGCGAGCACUAGCUAAAAUUUUUAUAUUUUCAGAAUUCAAGUUGGUGAAGAUAUUCAUGAUUUAAAUGUCAGAAUCUGAAAGGGACUAAAUCUACUUUGAAAUGAAUCCAUAGUCAGUAUUUCAAAGCUUUUCUGGUACUUUUAGUGAUCUUAUUUGACUAGACUUUUUCAGAAUUACUAAGUAAGGAAUUUUAACAGGUUUUUAUUAAUGCACAGAUAAAUAGAAGUACAGUAAAGUCUACAGCCAUUUUAUUAAAAUAGCUUAAAAGUUUGUAA